ACGCGCCGGUGGCGCAAUGGACUACACACGUGUGGCGUCCACCCAGCAUGAGCAGAUAGCAUUACUGAUUCAGCUGUGUGUCUACGCAAUUCUACGGGACCAAGGGCGCAGUCUUCAAACUGUGGGGUGCCGUCAUGCUGCAUUGCAAUUUCACGACGGCAGACCUCGUCCAGCAAAGACGCUUCACGAUGCGAUGAAUGCCGUACAGUUCGACGUGUGGUCGACUGCCCCAAAGUAUGUCGCAGCGAAGAAGCUUUUGGAUCAGUGCCACAGCCCAACAGAGGUCCUACAGACAUCUUAUCUCAUGACCUGGUUCGGCUCUGCGAUCUUCGCCCAAGAGCUCUUGAGGAUCCGGGAUGGCGGUGGACCAAUCGGAUCCUACAAGCAAGAGGUGGCCCGUGUUCUCCGAAAUAAAGGUUGCCACUGUGCUGACCUUGUGAGUUCCGGCACCAUUUGGCAUCGGCUUCAACGAGGUCACCUGCGAAAGCUUGGGAAGCUUGCAGCUCGUACACAGUUACUCCACUAUUUCGAGCAGCUCGAACCACAGAUGGUACCUCCGAAACUGAAAGAUGGCCGAGUGUGGCGCACAAAAAAACAGAUAUUGAAGCAGCUCAAACAACUCCCGAACUUUUCCACGUACCUGGUGGGGCAAUUUUGGUUGCUUUUGCGGUAUUCCUACCAAUAUCCAAGGUAUCUUGUUCAGUCCUACAGUGAGUUUGGCCCAGGAACAAAGCGUGGAUUAUUAUGGCUGGCUGGCUUCCCCACACAGCUCUGCGCUGGCUCUACCUCGACCCCAACCCUUCAGUUUUUUUAUCGCUUACUUGCGGAGACAUUUCACUGCUUUCGAUCUCAUCGAGACCUUCAACCUUGUGCUGGAGACACGACAGCCAUCCGUGCUGCCAAAGUGCCUCGCCCGCAUACAUUACAGAUCGGUCGGAACACGCCAGCAUCUCAGCCGUGCGAGGCGCUUCUUCGCAACGAAGUGAGUGACCAUGACAGUUGGGCCUGGCUGCUGUGCGAGUAUCAGCGUGCGGUGGCUUGGUUAGCAGCUCUUCACUGA